UGACAUCGCGCACUCUAGUUUUGUACCCGCCUUGUAGUGGAAUUUGUCAAUUAUCGCACCUAUUUGACGCCGGCGGUGCACCACUUCGUAAUUUAGCUAACCUACACCCCCCCCCCUCCUCUGCUGCUUUACUUCGUUACGCACUAUAUCUAUCUAUAUAGUUGCAGAAUUUUCUCAAUUCUCUCUCUCUCUCUCUCUCUCUCAUUUGUCUGGAUGGAAAUGUAAAAUCUUGCUUUUCAUUUAGAUGAGAUCGUCGUGCGGAAGUUGCUGCGGUUGAUGUAAAUUCGGCUGUAGUUGGGGAAAUUCUCUGGAGUAUUUGCUCUUAUUUAUUAGCUGAGAAGAUGUUAGUUCAGAGAGUUUUGAGGAGUUCAAGUAGGCGCAUCUAUGGGGAACCUGAAAAACGACUAGUUCGAAUUUUGGCAUUUGAAAUCUCGAGGAUGAUGUCGAAGGUUGUUAAGAUCUGGCAGUCUGUCACUGUUAGACAAAUUUCUAGACUGAAAGAAGAGAUUGCCAACUCAGUUGGCAUCCACAAGCUUGUUUCAGAAGACGACGACUACCUCAUGGAUCUUGCUCUUGCAGAGAUUAUUAAUAAUUUGAUGGAUUUGGGGAAAUCGGUGGCUAUGCUGGGGAAGAAGUGUGAAGAUUCGACCUACCAUAACCUUGAAACCGUAUUUGAUGAUCCUAGCGCGAUUGAUCCCAAGUGGCAUGGAUGGCAAUAUAGGCUGAAGAAGAUGGACAGGAAGGUCAAGAAGAUGGAGAAGUUUGUAGCUGCAACUGAGAAGCUCCACUCGGAGCUUGAGGAGUUGGCGGAGCUCGAGCAGAGUCUAAAGCGAAUGCAAGCUGGUGCCAACUUGGGCAAGAUGAAGUUGAUUGAGUUGCGACACCAGGUUCUAUGGCAGCGGCAGGAGGUGAAGAGUUUGCAGGAGUUGUCUCCUUGGGUGAGAACGUAUGACUACGUGGUUCGACUUCUUCUCAGAUCUCUUUUCACCAUCAUUGAGAGGAUCAAGUAUGCUUUUGGGAGUGACCAGAUUGGUGAUGAUGCUGAUGGAAGUGAUUGGCUCCGUAGUCGUUGUAAUUCUAUGUCCGGCCUUGAGCAAACAUCUGAGUAUUCGUCAGAGAACGAGCCCGGAGGUUGCAUGAGGAGGACAUCUUCAAAUUUGGCCUCACGAGCUUGCAAGAAUAAAAUGAAGGGUACGAGCUUUUAUGAUCGGUCUCCAUCGUCCAUCCUCUGUGGGAAGCAGCAUCAGAUGAUAGGUAGAGGGCUCGCUUCUGUUGGCUUGACAGGAUGCAUGACAGGUGGGAUGGAGCCUCCUGUUCUAGAGACCUAUUAUACACAUUCCUGUGGCAGCUCGUUCAGGUCGUAUGCAGGGUCCGAGAAAGAUGCUAAUGAGAUACAAGAGGCGUGCACAACGAUCCCCAUCAAAUGUCUAACCAUAAUAUCUAGUGAAAGGUCUUUCUUUCUCUCCAAACGCCGUCUGUUGAAUGCUCCACCAUCAACUCUCGGUUAUACUGCUUUGGCUCUCCACUACGCCCAUGUGAUCGUAUUGUUGGAGAAGCUAGCUUCGUCUCCUCACUUGAUCAGUCUCGAUGCAAGGGAUGAUCUCUAUGAUAUGUUGCCUUCGACUAUCAGAAGCUCUCUGUGGGCAAAGCUGAAGGCAUUUUCCACAACACCGGCUUCAUCUGAGUACGAUGCUGCCUUGGCAGCAGAGUUAAGCUCGGGAAUUGCCGGGAUAUUGGAUUGGCUGUCUCCACUUGCUCGAAAUAUGAUAAGAUGGCAAUCCGAAAGGAAUUUUGAAAGGGAGAGAGUGGUUUGUGGGUCAAACAUACUACUUGUGCAGACACUUCACUUUGCAAACCAAGCAGAGACGGAGGCAGCAAUCACGGAACUCCUGAUGGGGCUAAGUUACCUCUUUCGAUUUGGGAAAGAUAUCAAUUUCCGAGAGCCUUCGAGGAGGAGGGCGUAUUUCUUUCCAAGGUAUAACAUGCACUACGAUAUGAUUGAUCAUAUACAAUAGAAGAUCUAUGCGCCUUGAGAAGUAGCAUUUAGAGCUUCUUCGUUGAACAGUUUGUUCUUGCAUUCUAUUUGUAAUUGUAUAGUUACAUAUACAAUAUAUAUACAUUUGUAAUUGUAUCUGUUUUGUGUAAAAUGCAUAAUUGACAUUCCGUUGAAAA